GUGACUUGUCUGUGAUUGGAAGCUUCCCCCCGCCCGCCCCAGUCAAACGCACAGGCUGUGUCUGCACAGCUAGUGCUCUACCUGUGCUGCUGUAGCAUAGAUGCUCCCUACAUCAGCAGAAGGGGGCUUUCCGCUGGGGUAGAUAUAAUCUACCUCUUCAAGAGGGAGUAGCUGGCUGUGUCUACACUAGGGGUUAAGUCAACCUAACUACUCUGCACUGAGUGAAAAAAUGUCCACACCCCUGAGGGCUGUAGUUAUGCCUAAAUUUUAGGUGUAGACCUGGCCUGAGGCAAAGUGACUUAUCUAAGGUUACUUCUUAUUCCAGGCCAGUGGCAGAGCUGGGACUAGAACCCAGCCUUUCUGAGUCCCAAUCCAGUGCUCUGGCAGGUUUUGCAAUCAGGAGGACCAGAAAUGUUUUUUUCUAAACAGAACCUUAGAUUCUGAUGUUAUCAUGUGACAGUGGGAGCUAGAGCCCAUGCUUUAAUCUGGCUCUCCCAAGAGUGCAGCUGAAUCUCACUGAGAAAAAACCAAGCCUGAGAAGUCCAGGAAAGCCCAUGUGAUCAUAUUUUCAACAUCUGCACAGUCUGUUGUCCUUGGUAUCCCAUUCUGGCAUCUCAUGACGGUGGAGCUUGGCUUUUGGGCAGAGCUUCAGAGGAUAAGACUAUGAAGACAACGUGUGAAGUGCAGCAUGAGAAAGUCCAAGUUAACUGGCUGAACCUUUGGAUGCAAUUGCCGUCUCAUUGGUCAAUGCAGGAUUCUCUUGGAAACUAAAAACAGACAUCUCCAGAAAUGCUUCUGGAAGCUGCAAGCAGGAGGAAUAGCAUAAAUGCCAUCAUGGGAACACAGAUCGUAAGAAGAAAAAGAGAUUAUCGGACAGUGCCAGAACGAGGGUGAGUAAGGGAGAAGCACUGGAAUUUUAAUCUUGAAGCAAAGAUGCAAGCGUUAAUGCCUGAGCCUCAGAUUUGUGUAGAAAGAACCCUAGCCCUCAUCAAACCAGAUGUAAUUGACAAAGAAGAAGAAAUAGAAGAUAUAAUUCUCAGAUCAGGAUUCACCAUUGUUCAGAAACGAAAGCUCCAACUAAGCCCAGAGCAAUGCAGCAACUUUUAUGCAGAUCAAUAUGGCAAAAUGUUUUUUCCUAAUUUAACAGCAUAUAUGAGUUCUGGGCCUUUAGUUGCUAUGGUUCUUGCCAGACAUAAUGCUAUCGCUUACUGGAAAGAGUUGAUUGGACCAUCAAACAGCAUAAGAGCUAAGGAAACACAUCCUGACAGUUUAAGAGCAAUCUAUGGGACAGAUGAUCUGAGGAAUGCAGUUCAUGGCAGUAUCCGAUUUUCCUCAGCAGAAAGAGAAAUUCGAUUCAUGUUUCCUGAAGUGAUUAUUGAGCCAAUUCCAGUUGGACAAGCUGCUAAGGAUUACCUGAACCUUUAUGUCAAUCCUACACUACUAGCUGGGCUCACCGAGCUUUGUAAGCAUAAACCAGCAGAUCCAUUGAUUUGGUUUGCUGAUUGGUUGAUAGAACAUAAUCCCAAUAAACCUAGGCUACAGCAGCAGAUGACCGUGGAAGAACCUUAAGGAUGAAAGUCCAAUGGAGAUUUUGUCAAACGCUAUCAGAUAAGAUGCUUAUUAGUAUCAUUUUAAGUGUAUCCUUUGAAUUUGUAAUGACAUUACAUGAAAUAAAUGUUAGUGUUAUAACCAACUAUAAAUUGACUAGUAAUCUUUGGAUAAGUUGAACUAGUAAUUAUUUGU